AUGUGCAAGUUCACUACCAACGCUGACCUUGGCCCUCCUUUAGAGAAUGUUGAAGGUGUCUUCUCUGAUCAAGGCUGGUACGCUACUAAUCAGUUCGCUGUCGACGUCAUCUUCAGCAACCGUAUGAAGCAGUACAAAUGCUUGACCAAUGACUCUUCCCUCGCCGCCGCCAUUUCCGUGCCCUUCUACGCUGGUUUCGACGUUGCUAGGUACCUCUGGGGGUACAACAUCUCCACCAGGGACGCUGCUUCUCUUGAGUUGGUGAUUGGCUCAUGGAUCGGCCUGAGUGGGAUAUCAUGA